UAAAUUUUGAAAAAUUCAAUAAAUGAAAAUCACAUUUUUUCAAGGUAUCUACUUUGCUGAUAUGCUUACGAAGUCCGCAAACUACUGCGCUACCACACACUCAAACAACACAGGAUUGAUGUUACUGAGUGAAGUGGCUUUGGGUGAUUGUCUUGAGUUAAACAAAGCAGACUACAUCAAGGCAUUGCCAAAUGAUAAACAGUCAGUGAAAGGGCUGGGAAAGACCUACCCCGAUCCAGCUGUAGCUUACAAACAAGAAAAUGGUGUCAUCGUCCCAAUUGAAAAACCGAUCGAAGAUACUCAACUUCGUUCUAAUCUAUUGUACAACGAGUACAUUGUAUACGAUGUUGCGCAGGUCAAUAUAAAAUACCUCUUCAAGAGCAAAUUGUACAAACACAAAAAGAUCAGGUUUUUCACGAUUCUUGGAGUCGUUUUCCUGCAAACCAAAAUAUUCAGCCAGUUUUUGGCGGUGUUAAAUAAAUAAAUAAAUAAAUAAA